AUCGGCAGACCGUGCUCGGGAUGGGUAGGUGGCUCAGUGCGAUUAUAGACACGGGUGGCAAAGCUCAACGAUGUACCUACACUGGGUUUACUGCCUCCUGGUCACAAUUCUGCUGGCUCACCAUUCCCAAGGGAAUCCCAUUGAGCGCAAGUCGAGUGUGGCCACAGAGUUUAUUAUCCUGCACAACAAUGACAUGCAUGCCCGGUUCGAGCAGACGAACGUGAACAGCGGCACGUGCUCCCAGGAGGAUGCCAAUACGGACAAGUGCUACGGAGGCUUCGCCCGAGUGGCCUACGAGGUUCGCAAGUACCGCAAGGAGGCAGCGGAUGGUGGAACUGCCGUCCUCUAUCUGAAUGCUGGCGACACUUACACGGGCACUGCCUGGUUCACCAUCUUCAAGGAUGAGAUUGCCAGCGCCUUCCUCAACAAACUGCAGCCAGAUGCCAUCUCGCUGGGCAACCACGAGUUCGAUGAGAAAGUCGAGGGCCUCAUACCCUUCCUGAACGAGGUCAACUUCCCGGUGGUGACCUGCAAUCUGGAUCUGAGGAACGUGCCCGAGUUGGCUGCCACCAAGCAUUUGGUUCCCUCCACCAUCCUGGAGACCCAGGGCGCCAGGAUCGGCGUGAUUGGCUACUUGACGCCAGACACCAAGCAGCUUACCCUCCAGAGUGAGGUGGAGUUCUUCGAGGAAGUGGUUUCCAUCAAUGCUGAGGCGAAGAAGCUGAAGGCGCAGGGCAUCAAUAUAAUCAUUGCCCUGGGCCAUUCGGGCUAUCUGAAGGACCAGGAGAUAGCCAAGAACUGCCCGGAGGUGGAUAUCGUGAUUGGCGGCCACACAAACACUUUCCUCUACAACGGAGCCCCGCCCGAUGUGGAACACAUCGACGGUCCCUAUCCCACGGUGAUUAGGCAGAAGAGCGGCAAGGAGGUGCCUGUGGUGCAGGCCUAUGCCUACACCAAGUAUCUGGGCAAGAUCCAUGUGCAGUUCGAUGCGGAGGGAAAUCUGAUUGAGUUCGAUGGCUCGCCUAUCCUGCUGAAUGCCUCGGUGAGCCAGGAACAGGAUCUGCUGGACCUGCUGGAGGUGUACCGACCCAGUGUGAUACAUCUGGAGAAGUCGGUGGUGGGCCACACGAAGGUCCAUCUCGAGGGACGCAAGGAGGUGUGCCGCGACAGGGAGUGCAACCUGGGCAACAUGCUCACCGAUGCGAUGGUCUUCAGUCGGGUGCGCGAGGAGCAGGGUGGCGACUACUGGACAGAUGCUGCUAUCGCUCUUAUGGUGGGAGGCGGCAUACGCAGCUCGAUCGAGAAGAAGUCGGAUGGCUCGAUCACCGACAGCGACAUACUGGCCGUUCUGCCCUGGGGCAAUCACCUCUAUGUGACGCGAGUAACCGGCAGGACGCUACGCAAUGCCCUUGAGCACGGUGCGGCUGCCCGUGGCAAGGACUCGGACGGACCCUUCCUGCAGGUCUCCGGCAUCCACGUGGUCUACAACCCAAGCAAGCCCGAGGGACACCGCGUCGUCUCGGUGCAGGUUCGUUGUGCCGCCUGUCGCGUGCCCAGCUACAGCGACCUGGACGACGCAGCCUUCUACAAUGUGAUUGUGCAGGAGUUUAUGUUCGAUGGGGGCGAUGGCCACAUCAUCCAGGAGGCGCACAACCCACAGCACCAGCGGCUGCAAAGGAACGACUAUGAGGCAGUGCGAGAGUAUCUGCGGGAGCGGGACUACGUCUAUCCGGAGGUCGAAGGUCGCAUUAUAUUCAAGAGCGCGGCGAGUGGCCUCCUUGCCUCCGUGUGUCUGCUGCUCUUCUCCUCCUUGGUGAUGCGUGUCCUUAGUUAAGCUUCAUUAAACUUCU